CUGGAGUCUGGGAUCACAGGAAAUUUAGAUCGUCUGGAGUCUGAGAUCAGCUGGACUCUGGGAUCAUUGAAAAUUUAAAUCAGUUGGAGUCUGAGAUCAGCUGGAGUCUGGGAGUUGACCAGAUUCUGAUGCCGAAUUCACUAGGUGCCAAGUUGUGAAUAUUCACCUUUUCUUCCGGUGCCGAAUUUACCAGAAUCUCCAUUGUUGCCAUGACUCAGCGGUGGCUUCUGGGAUUUAAAAGAUCAGGUUUGCUGAGGGUGUCUUACCUGAAGAGCAGGGGACGUUGCAUUUCCUCUUUCUUAGUAGAUAACGAACCUUUCCUGAACUAUGAAGACCACAGAAGAAAAAUGAAAAAUUUUUGUGUGCCUCAAUACUUCAAUUUUGCAAAAGAUGUUGUUGAUUUCUGGGCCUCUGAGAAAAGUCCUAAAAGUGCCUCCUCCCCAGCUCUAUGGUGGAUUGAUGAUGAAGGACGUGAGAAGAAGUUCAAUUUUCAACAAAUUUCAAACUUGAGCAAAAGGUUGGCUAAUGUAUUGACCAAUCACUGUGGGCUUAAGAAAGGGGACAUACUGAUUGUCAUUCUACCCAGAAUUCCAGAAUGGUGGAUUAUCUACAUUGCAGCAAUCAGAGCAGGUCUGAUCGUUAGCUCGGGGACCACACAACUCAGACCAAAAGACAUAGAACUCAGAAUGAAGUCGUCCGGAGCCAAAUGCAUCAUCACAGACGAGUCUAGUGUCCAGAAUGUAGAACAGGUCAUCCACGUCUGUGCAGGAGUCCAGAGCAAGAUAUAUAUAGGGCAUAAAUCUGAUACUCUAUCCGGAUGGAAAAAUUACGAAGAAUUAAUGGCAAAAUCCACAGAUGAUUUUCAGACAGUGAACUCUAAAUCUGAUGAGCCCAUGACUCUGUAUUUCACCAGUGGAACAACAGGUGCCCCUAAAAUGGCUGAACAUACCCAUGGCAGUCUUGGGUUUGGACACUUUAUAACAGCUAGGUAUAUGUUGGAUGUUUCUCACGAGGACAUGGUGUGGAAUAUAUCGGACACUGGUUGGGCCAAGGCAGGAUAUAGCAGCCUCUUUGCAACAUGGCUGAGAGGAGCUUGUGUUUUUGCACAUCAGACUGAUAAAUUUGAUGCUGGGGCAUUCUUAGAGAUUCUGGACAGACACAGAAGCAUCAGCUGUUUUUGUGUCCCUCCCACUGCCCUGAGGCUGAUUGUGAAAGAGAACCUGUCCAAAUUCACCCACCUUCGUAAUGUCAAAUGUUUAAGUGCGGGGGAACCUGUGAAUCCUGAACUUUUGGAGGAGUGGCAAGAAGGAACAAAAGGAGGAAUUGUAUAUGAAGCAUAUGGACAAAGUGAAACAGUAUUCCUAUGUGGCACUUAUCCCUGUGUCAAAAUCAAACCUGGAUCAAUGGGGAAGGCUGCUCCGGGAAUAGAUCUUGAGAUUGUCGAUGAUGAAGGUAAUAUUUUACCAAACAACGAGGAAGGCAACAUUGGAGUGAAAAUAAAACCUCAUCGUGCUGUAGGCCUCUUCACCAAAUAUGUGGAUGACGAGAACAGAACUCAAUCAGUUCACAAAGGGGAUUUCUACAUGACGGGGGACAAGGCUGUCCGUGAUGACGAAGGCUACUUCUGGUUUGUUGGUAGAGCGGAUGACAUCAUUUUAACAUCUGGCUAUCGGAUUGGUCCGUUUGAAGUUGAAAGUGCACUGAUUGAACAUCCUGCUGUUUUGGAGUCCGCUGUUGUCAGUAGUCCAGAUCCUGUCAGAGGGGAGGUUGUGAAAGCAUUUGUGAUUAGAACAGCCCAGUACAAGGAGAGAGAUGAGAAUGAACUGAGAAAGGAACUCCAAGAACAUGUCAAGUCCAUCACAGCCCCGUACAAGUACCCACGGAAGAUUGAAUUUGUUGAAGAACUGCCUAAAACAGUAAGUGGGAAAAUCCGCAGAGUUGAACUACGCAACAGAGAAUGGGGAAGAGGGUAGAACACGGAUUUCUCCCUAAAAGUAAUAACUGGAAGUAAAACAGCAGGAACACUAUACAAUAAGAAACAGUAUUCAAUCCACCCAACAAAAUUACACACUAUACAAUAAUAAAUAAUAUUCAAUUCUCCCAACAACACCAUUAUACACUAUACAAUAAUAAACAGUAUUCAAUUCUAACAAGGGAUUGAGAUUCAUCUGACAGCCAAUCUGAAUUCACCAAACUGUAUCCGUUGACAACGAUUGAGGUUUAUCUUACCAAACGGCAUCCACUGACAAGAAGUCUAUCCACCAUCUACAAUCUAUUUAGUCACAGUCUAGAUUUAUCUAAUCAUCGGAUAAAGUUAUAAUCAGUCAGCGUCUGUUUAAAAGGAAGCAAUGAUGCAUGGUAUAUCAAAUUAACACGUAUUUAUCAUAUACAGUCUGUACUUGGUAAUGAUUAUGCAGAUUCUGCACUGUGUGAUACGGGUGAUGUCACAAUAGCCAAUAUCAAUGACCGGUCCGAAAAUCCAUAUUACAGACCGGCGUGCAAAAAUGCAUAUCAAGCCUUAAAUUACUUAUUCGCUCGUAAUAAUCAGUGUAUCAAAGUUUUUACCAUAGUAAAUCAAUAUAUCAAGGUGUUUACUGUAGUAAAACAAUAUAUCAAAGUGUUUACCAUACAUGUAGUUAACCAAUGUAUGUAUCAAAUUUAAAAGUUUUUACUGUUGUCAAUCAAGUUUAUACCAUUUGUAGCCUAUAGUAAAUCAAAGUUUUUUACCAUAGUAAAUCAUUGUAUCAAGGUAGGCAAUGUAUCAAAUAUUUCUUGAUCUAUCUUUAAUUAGUGCAAUAGAUUAACCCGGCAUGUGAUAAAAAGAAUAGUACCAUCAUGUAAAAUAAGCCCCCGAACCUUAAAUCAGAUUACCCCUCCUCCCCCACUCCCUCAAAAACAUACUGUAUGCAUCCAAGAUUUAUUAAUAUUAAGUAUCAAAAAGUGCAGUAUAUGAUAAAUAGAUAAUUACAUGCUUAAAUCCAUAUCAUAUGUCAUAUCAGCCCUCGGACCCUAUAUCACUGGAUGAUAUGGGGCCACUGGGGCUGAUAUGACAUACGAUAUGAAUUUUAGCAUGUAAUAUUCUCUAUAUAUUACAUUGUACACAGACUUACAAAUUAACAAUAAAUUACAAUAUUUAUAUUUCCUAUGUUCUUACUUUUAACAUCUUUACAAAUUGUAAUGAUAACCAUUUUCUCAUGAAUGCACUGCAAUUUUGGACAAUAUGCGGAUGAAUUUUUAUAAAUAUAGACAUCUAUUUCAACAGCUGGGAAUUCCAACAUGAAAUUAGAAUGUAAAUAUAAGAUCUCUGAUCUAAGCGUUGGCGCAUUAUACCAGCAUGAAACAUCGCAGUUCAUAUCUCCAUGUAAUGAAGCAUUGCAGUUCAUACCCUCAUGUAAUGAAGCAUUGCAGUUCAUACCCUCAUGUAAUGAAGCAUUGCAGUUCAUACCCUCAUGUAAUGUACUGUAUUUUCAAAACUGAAAUAUAUUUCUUAAAUUACAAUGUUCACAUAUAUACAAGUGUAAAAAAUUAACAUAUAUACAUGUAUUACAAUUUACACAUACAAGUAGUAUUUUGACUUUUUUUUUUUUUUUUUACCAGAUUGUACAUGUAGAUCUUAUCUGAAUUUGUGCAUUGUAUACUAUGUAUGUAAUCAGGUACCACUUUAUUAGAAAGGUUGUCACUUAUACCUCAACAGUUUAAAAGAAUUAUUUCUUUGCUAUUUUACAUGUACAUAUUCACAAUUAACAUAUUGAAUUCCACUUUUGUACGAGUUGUUGAUUGUAUUUAUUUAUGGACAGACUGGCAUGCAGGGUUUAAAUUUGAAUCAUCCAAGUACAUGUUUUGUGGAUCAUUUUUCUUCUUCUAAAGAAGGCUCUUGUAAGAUGGAGUCCAUCUCAUUCACUGAUGGAUCAUAAAUCUGAACAUUAACUCCAGUAAACUCGGGAGAACCAUUUUACAAAUAGUGAUUUUAUAUUUAGUAAGAAAUGGCACAUGUAUAUACAUGUAUAAAACAAAUGUUUGCAAUAAAGCAUGAAUACAGCA